UUGCUUCCUAGCAGUUUGUGGCUGAAGAUACUAGUUGCAGGCGGUUAGCUGAUCAGCUUGUCUACAUCCGUAUAAGUAAAAAUUUAGGAACAUUUUUAUUCCAGUUAAGAUUCUUUUUUGUUUACUUUAAAGUAGGAGUUAGCACAGUUUUACUCACUGCUGCUUUGUUGUAGGUGCUGUUUUGCUUGGCGCAGUGAAUGUCGGGAAGUUUGGCGGUUUUAUCCUCCGCAUUGUUUGGGAACCGGUAUAAUAUUAGCUAGUGGCUAAGCUAACUUUAGCCGUUGACUGAGUUGAGCGAAGCUCGGUUUCUAGCGCAUCCUCUGUGUUAUCAGGGAUUGUUGAAUGUUACACACUCAAGUCGGAGAAAGAAAAUAUUCGUAAUAUUCGGUGGAUUUCUUCAAAAAUGGCCGCAACGGCGUUCGAGAUGGACGGAAGUGUAAUGGAAGGGGGAGGACAAAUCCUGAGGGUUUCAGCUGCACUGAGUUGUAUCCAGGGAACCUCUCUGAAAUUGAACAAAAUCCGAGCAGGACGAAGCACCCCAGGGUUAAGGCCUCAGCAUCUGUCAGGCUUGGAGCUGCUGAGGGACAUGUGUGAUGGGAACCUGGAGGGUGCCACUGUGGGAUCCUCAGAGAUCACACUGACUUCCAGGAAGAUCAAGUGUGGGAAUUACAUUGCUGAUACACAGACAGCUGGGAGUGUGGGGCUUCUGCUGCAGAUCUCGCUACCCUGUGCACUGUUUGCUGAGGGACCUUCAGAGCUCUGUUUGAAAGGAGGAACCAACGCUGAGAUGGCUCCACAGAUUGAUUACACAAUCAAGGUGUUCAAACCCAUUGUCGAAAGAUUUGGCGUGCAAUUUGACUGUGAUUUAAGGAUGAGAGGCUAUUACCCUAAGGGUGGUGGAGAAGUGGUGGUAAAGGUGAACCCUGUAAAAGAGCUGAGUCCCAUCAGCAUGACAGAGAGAGGAAACAUCACAAAGAUCUAUGGCCGUGCCUUUGUGGCUGGAGUGCUGCCUUUUAAGUUGGCGAAGGACAUGUCUGCCGCAGCUGUGCGGACUAUCCGAAAAGAGAUAAAAGACCUUUACGUCAACAUACAGUCUCUGCAAGAGAAGGACAAGGCCUGUGGAAACGGGAAUGGCAUCAUAAUCAUUGCAGAAUCCUCCACAGGUUGUAUCUUUGCUGGGUCAGCUCUUGGGAAAAAAGGUAUUUAUGCAGAUAAAGUUGGCAUCGAGGCAGCUGAGAUGCUCCUGAGGAACAUCAGGCACAACGGCUGUGUGGACGAGUUCUUGCAAGACCAGCUGAUUAUCUUCAUGGCCUUGGCUAAGGGCACGUCCCGGAUGCGCACUGGUCCAAUCACUCUACACACACAGACGGCCAUCCAUGUGGCCGAGCAGCUCACUAAGGCCAAGUUUGCAAUACACAAAGCUGAUGACGAACAUGCCAACACUGACACCUACAUCAUCGAGUGCCAGGGUGUGGGUGCCACCAACUCCCACCUGUGAGCUUGCUUUCAGAGUGCCGACAGAGGCAGCUGGAGGUCAUGUAGCAGAAACACACUACUGUAACCAACAAGACAGUGUGAAGACGUUGUCGUUUCUGUGUUUCUCUUCACGCUUCCACACGGAACGUUCGCUUCAUUAGUCUUUGAGCUGACCCUGAGUUGGCCAGCUUUGUCCACGCUUUUUAUAAUAAUCCCAUUUCUCAAAUGACUUUUGUUACUCAGGGUAUUGCCUUACACUGUUACCGAUCGUCGCCUGUCCUAGGAGCUGUUUUUUUUUUAUUAUUAUUUUGCCUUAAUGAUUAGUUGAUUAGAAUUUUCAGUAGUUAACCAGAUGUUUUUUCUUUCUUUGAUCCGCUUUACACUUUUGUGUGCUGAACACAAGCCUUAAAGAAAACAGUUUCACAAUCAGAACACGGUUCAAAUCCGGAUCAUGUGCAUGGAACUAGGAAUAUGUAUGUCACCAGUAAUUAUAGUGCACUGUGUGUACAUGGAGCUAAACAAAAUGGUCUGCUGUCCCUGAGCAAAAAAACGAGUAUGUACUGUAGCUUCUUUGUCUUUUUUUUUUUUUUUUUUUAAAUUAUUUAAGUUGAUUAAUGGAUGAUAUCCAUGUAUUUUUUUGUUUUUGUUUGUUUUCCUCUCCUUUUCCUUGACAUUUUCAUCUGAAGCUCAUUGUUUAGCUUUAGGUUUGUGAGGUGGUGGGCUUGUGGAAUGAUUGUCAGCGUUUUCAUUUGUAGUAGUUGCAUCAUUAUUUAUGAGAAGGGAUAUGUGGUGAUUACGAUUUUUUUUCUUUGUCUCCUUUUUUUUUUUGCUUCACUGUAGCUGACAAUAUGACUGUUUACUUUAAGAUAUUUUUGAAAGAGAGAAAAUCACAAUAAAAUUGUUAAGAAUAUAGUUGUUUAAAACCAAGGUUGUUUUCCCUGUGUAUUUUUAGAAGUCUUUUCUUUAUUUUUUUUGCUGAAAAAUAUUUACUGUUACCAUGAACAAAACGUUCUAACAUCUACAACCAUUUUUAUUUAGAGUGACAUGUUUUACUUUUUUCAUCCAUUUGUAGUAUGUUUAAUGUUACAGAAGACUCAAACAAAUUAGUUCCUGUUCCCAUUUGUUAUAGCUAUAAAUGCUUGUUCCCUGGCCAGCCGCUCUCCUAGUCCCCUCUCUGUUGAAGUUAAUCAGACAAAAGAAACAGUUUUUAUAUUGCUAAUAAACUGCAAAGUAUAUGCUCUGAUCUAUGCUAAAGGCAAAGACUCCUGUAAAUGCUGAGUAAACAUUUGUUUAUGGAAACUUCCCACUGUACAAGUUAAUGUGAAUGUGCUGUUACAAUAACGGUGAUGUUUUAAGGCAAGAGCAUGAACUUAAACCUGAUUUCAUGUUGCACUACCGUCAGAGCUGCUCUCCUAGAAAUCUGACCAAUCAGAAGCCAGAGAUAGAUAGUGCUGUUAUAACUAGUUGUAUGCAUCAAGUAAUGAAAGCCGUUGCUCAAACCACAGGCUUCUUUGUUUUGGGGGGCUUGAAGGUUCAGUUAACCCCAGCAGAUGGGAGGACAAUGGUGUGAACAGAAAAAGGAGUGAAUUUGCAUGGAGCCUUCGGGUCUGGGAAGGUCACAUCAGUGAUUGUCUGGGUGAGAGGAUGUUCAGUGGGGGUGGGCAAAAGAGAGAGGGUGGUCUCUACACUAUAUUCACCCUUCUGUUGCAGCAAAUCUGUAGUCUGUCUAUGAAAAAAGGUUGGAGCAUUGAAAAUUUAUUGUAAAUUCUUUAACAAUAAAUUUUGAAAAAGCA